AUGAAGCUCUCCUCCCUCCUAUCCACUAGUGCGACCUUUCUGCUGGCAGCAGCCACCCCAGAUGAGUCCUCGCUCGCUGAAGCUAUGAGAAGCCUCGAGCCUGGUGACGGCAUAACUUGGCUUGCAGAUGACGGAGUGCUGCUUAGUUUCAACGCUGCCCGUGACACUGUCAUUGACUACGCCCAACUCAACGAGCGUCAGAUCGCCGAGUACACCAAGAGAUACGACAAAACCUGCACUGACAUUGAUGGCCGUGCAGUGACGUCCGCUACUCAGCUUUGGGCUGUUCUAGCCGGCGUCGUCGCACGCACGUCGAAUGCCAGAACAUCCGAGAACCUAAAGGUGCCUAAGACGUUAAUCGUGAGCGGACCAGGUUGUGUAGAGGGGGCUAUCUGCAACGAGACCCCUGACUAUUUUGAGUACAACUGUUUACGAUGCGUCCCUGUCCGCUCAACCCCGGGGGAAUGCCUGCCACAAGGUGGUUGUCCAUCCAUUCCUUCUCCGAAUGGAGAGUGUGCCAAUUGAGUACCUACGUAAACCUCGUUUCGAUCCAUGAUGUCAGUCGCUGAAGCCCUACUCGUGCAACUGAUCCCGCUCAAGCAGGAAAGUGAUGACGAAGAUCCGCAGCUAGCUAGAUACCUUAUCAUGAUCAUGUCAGAUAACGCA